AGUUGCAAACUGAGUAAUAAUAAAAAAACGUACGAGUGCAGGGAUUCCGCUCGCCAUCUCAUUAUCAGCGCGCCCCGAUUUUUCUCUCGCUACCAAAAUAUCUCUCAAUCUCCGACACUGGCGAUCCAUAGAUCGCUUCUACAUCUCUGUUGGUAACCCUAGAUCUUGAAUUAUCCUUCGAUUUUGUCUGGUAUUCGGGAUUAGGGUUUGAGUUUUUGGUGGAAUUGGGGUGUUUGGGCUUGGGUAUGGCGGUAGAGGGAGAGGAAUCGGAUUAUGAGAGUGAUCCGGAAGAGACGUUGCGUCCAGUGGCGAUGCGGCGGCGGGAGGCGAGCGAUGAUGAGGAGGGUGAAGGAUCGGAUGCGGGGGAGCGGGUGACUAGGAGGGUGGUUGGAUCUGAUGGUGAGUCGGAUGGAGAGGGUGGGGCUCCGGUCUACGAGGAUGAUGAUGAGGGUGAGUUUGGGUCUGAGGAGGAGGAGGAGGAGGAGGAGGAGCUAGAAGGUGCAGGAGAGGAAGAACUUGGAGAGGAAGCCGGGGUUGAAGAUGGCGCCAAUGGUGUUGUUGGGGAAGGAAGGAGCAGUGCUGAGACGGCGCAGGAGACUGGAGGGGAAUCAUUAGAGUAUCGGAGAAACGAUCAGGUGGAAGGGGAAGAAGGAGGAGAAGGGGAGGAAGGGGAGGCAGAAGGGGGCGAAGACGAGAAGAAGGCUAGCGAGCCGUUUGCCGUCCCAAAGGCUGGGGCUUUCUAUAUGCACGAUGACCGGUUUCAGGAGAAUGGCCGCGGGCGCCACAGGAGACUAUAUGCUGGGCGGAAGCUGUGGGAAUCGAAAGAUGAGCGGGCCUGGGUGCAUGAUAGAUUUGAAGAGAUGAAUUUGCAAGAUGAUGAGGAAAAGAGAAUGCCUAGAGGGCGUUUUAGAGGUCGUGGCAGCAGAAGAACAAGAGGUGCUGGUCGUGGUUAUGUUCGGGAAAAAAAGCCUCAGGCUUUCAAUGAUGAAAACAACCAAAAUCGAGCAUUCAGAACUGUAAGGGGAAGAGGGCCAAGACGAUAUGAUACACUCUUGAAGAGUGACAGUACGAAUCACAGAAUUCAAUACAAGCAAGCUGCAAAGCCUCAAGAGCAGACAGUGAAGACUGGCGCAGGGAGACAAAUGUUACAUUCAUCAAACGCACAAUCUGAACCAGUCAUUCCCAACAAGCAAGUGUUUGCCUCCAGCUUAAGUUCUGCCUCACCACCAUUUUAUCCCUCGGGCUCUUCCAGUCAAGACAUCCCUAUUGCUCAUAAAAGGGACGGACAACUCGGAACUAGCAGCAAAACUCUUUCAUCUCCUAUGCAUCUGCAUGAGAACUUUUCAGCCCCACAACCUGGUUCAAUACCAAGAGGAAAAGCGACCAUGGAGUCUCUUAACCAUGAUAGGUUGUAUAUGGAUGACUCUAACCGCCUUGUUGGUAAACCAUUGGCCAAUUCUCAUUUAUCAGGGUCUUCACUACCACUGAUCAGUGCUGCUCAAUCUUCACAUUCUGUUGUUCAAGGGAGGGGUCUAACCAUUAGUGCACCACUUAAUAAACAUCCAAUGUCAUCGAUUAACCAAGCUGCUAGGGUUGCUACACAGACACAAUCCUCUAAUUUUUUGCAGCGUCCUGGUUCUAUGCCAGAUCAGCCUGCAUUAAGAGUUUCAACUCAGCAGCUGGGGUCACGACCCAGCAGUGGAUCUCAAACUUCAUCUGUCAGUCAAACAUUGCCAGGUUUAUCUGAAGUUGGAGAGACCGAGUCUCCUCUUGGAGCAAGUAAAUCCAAAACUGCACUGGUUGCUAAGGGAAAAACCGGAAACCAAGGAGCGUUACUGUAUAAUGGAAAUCAGGUUAUAGGAGGAAGUGGAGCUAUGGGUCUUGUCCAUGGUGAUCAAGGCUUCCCUGGCACUCCAGCACUAUUGCCAGUUAUGCAAUUUGGUAGCCAGCACCAUGGUGGCAUUCCUGCUGUUGGUAUGGCACUUCCAGGAUAUGUGGCCCAACCUCAGCUUGGGUUUGGGAAUUCAGAGAUGACUUGGGUCCCACUACUUGCUGGUGCUUCUGGGGCUUUAGGAGCAUCCUAUGGUUCACCUUACAUUGCUCUGGAUAGUACUUACUUUACCCGCUCUUCUGGACAGUCUUCUUCUGUUGCUUCUCGGGAGUCUAGUGUGAACAAACCUGCUGACACAUGGAAGCAACCUGAAGGAUCUGAAACUGUAAGUGAUGAAUAUGGGCAGCGCCAAAAGAAUAAGCCUCGCAGAUACUCAGAGAUGAGCUUUGGCCAAUGAAAUACAUGAAGAUGGAGUUUAUGAACUAGUGCUUAAGGCCCAUGACCUAGCCCUUUGUGAUAAUUCAGCUUCCAAUCUGGAACACUCUGGGUUGUUUUCGCUCCAAGAUAUUCUAGUUAUGUGUAACGCCUUCUCUUGCUGUGAUCGAUGCGGGAUCCAUAACCAUCUUGACAGCUGGGGUUGGUGGCAUUCUGUUGUUUGAUUUUCGUUUUCAUCUAGUUGUGGUGGAAGCUUGUGACGGAUAGAACCUGGAUAGGAGAACUAAGAAGUGUUUUUCCAAAGAAAACACAUGCCAGUGCAUGUGUUUUUUUUUUUCCUCUCAUUUUCCCCAAUUGUGGAUGUGUUUGUUUGUUUGCAGUAAGACUGCUUUGUGGUUCAGAAAUCAUAUAUAAUGUUGUCUAGUAUUUUGGCUUUUAUGAGUAAAGACUAUAAUGCAGUGAGUGGUGCUCUCUCAGUUUGUUA